CAUUAUGAAUUUUUUAAAUCUAACUUAACACAUUAAACCCACUUUUUCAACCAAUUGGUCGUCAGCUCCUCUUUGCCGACUCCUAAUUUUACAUCUGUUCUCCGUCUCUUCCUCUCUUAAUUGUUCUUCUUCCCUUAUAAUUCUCUCGAUUUCUUCUCCCCUUGCCAAAACCCUAUUCCUAUAAUCCUUAAUUCCAAUCUUCUUCUUUCAAUUUAUCAAUUUAUUUGCACGUUGAUCAGCCAUAUUGAUUCUCUCUGAAUUUCUUUUACCCUUUACAAACAAAAAUCCCUGCUCUCCAUAAUCUUCAAUUCCCAAUUUCUUUUCUUUGUUUAAAUUUGUCAAAUAAUAAGCACAUAGAUCAGCCAUGAUGAUGCUAGUAAACUGUUCCAAUUGUCAUACACCAUUACAGCUACCACCAGGUGCACGAUCCAUUCGUUGUGCGAUUUGUCAGGCAGUAACACAGUUGGCUGAUCCACGUACUGCUCCUCCGCCACCACCUAAUCAAUACAAUCACCCACCACCUGCUUCCUCUGCUGCUGCUGCACCUCCCUCUCCCUACAACCACGCACCUCCCGGUCCCCCACCCAAUGCUCAUGGUAGAAAGAAAGCUGUGAUUGUUGGUAUAUCGUAUAGGUACUCUAGGCAUGAGCUGAAAGGGUGCCUUAAUGAUGCUAAGUGCAUGAGACAUCUCUUGAUGAACAAAUUCCAUUUUCCUGAGUCCUCCAUUCUUAUGCUUACUGAAGAGGAGACCGACCCAUACAGAACUCCGACUAAACAGAACAUGCGCAUGGCAUUAUAUUGGCUUGUACAAGGUUGCCAACCGGGAGACUCACUGCUAUUUCAUUAUUCUGGUCAUGGCUCAAGGCAAAGGAAUUACAAUGGAGAUGAAGUGGAUGGAUAUGAUGAAACUUUAUGUCCCCUGGACUUCGAAACUCAGGGUAUGAUUGUUGAUGAUGAAAUCAAUGCGACAAUUGUCAAGCCUCUUCCUCAUGGUGUAAAGCUUCAUGCAAUAAUAGAUGCUUGCCACAGUGGAACCGUUCUAGACCUGCCAUUUCUUUGCAGAAUGAGUAGGAGCGGACAAUAUGUGUGGGAAGACCAUC